CUCUCCUCCUUUUGCUCUAGAAGAUCUUCCUCCACGUUGCAACUUCGUGUGGUCACGGUCAAGACUUGGACCCUGGAUUUUCAGGAUCGAAAUUUGCCAUCUUUUUAGUCGUUUGACGGAGUUUAGUCGAUAUCGCGUUGUCUGACCUUUCACGCUUUCCAGCCUCCUGCUCCCCAGUCCCGACUGCAUAUUAUCACUUCCUUGUUCGCUUCCACCCCCUUUAUCAUUUCUCUCUUUGGUCGAGAUUGACCCUCGCACUCGAAGACGCCUCCCAACGCCGCAUCCACCAAACAGAUCGAUCUGGAUGGUCCAUCUUUACUCCGUACAAAUCUACCAAUUACUUGUAUAUCGGCUGCUCCUCCGUCCAGGUGCCAACCCACCAUCCCUGUCUCCUCCUCCUACUCCGGUUCAUCCGUUCGACUCCGACCGAACCACCUUGUUACCACCCUCUCGAUCUGGUCAAACCCACAUCAUCCUAUCUUGUCCCUCCCCUCGAUCUUCGAACUUCCUUCGAGCUUCUGUCGAACCCCCGACAUACUGCAGCCUCCCUCGAAACCGACCGCCCUUCUACCUCUCUGUUCAAACACAAACGGUCGACCUGCAGCUGCGAACACGCGCGCUUGGAUUUGUGCGCUCGCGAUUGCUGCGAUAUCUCGAGUCCGCGCCCUGCUCCUUUUUUUGUUCUGGAACUCGGCCCCUCAAAAACACGCAAACGCCGCAUCUCCUUCCUCGGGCGGACACCACCAACUUCGACUCCCUUCCCACACCUCCUUAACCUCCCUGCUCGAUCUUACCUCCACACCUGACACCAGAUCUUCCGAUCCGUCACGGACAAAUCUGUUCAUCGACCGGGCAACUCUUCGUCAUACAUCCUCCUUCUUCCGAUUUCGCCUGCGCCGACCAGCCUGACCGCCAGCCAACAAGCCAACUAGCCAACUUGGAGUGCAUCCCUAAGAAAAACGACCUGUCCCUCGCGCGUAUUUGUCCAAAUGUGUGGCUUGCUCCACUGGUGGUGCAAUGUAUUGAUGCCUUGCAUGAUAUGAAAAUAGGACACCGGCGAACGCGCGACCGCCUCACGAAAAUCGUUCUUAAAGAAGCAUAAUCAUGAGUACCCUUUUUCAAUCGACUCUGAGAAAUCCUUUCGACCCUCCUAUCGAACCUUUGUCGAGACCGAGAGCCAUGGCUAUCCUCCCCCAGAACAACAACACAUCGCCCAAGUCGAGUCACGAAGAUUCUAUGCAGAUUUCCUCUCCCGCUCCUCCGAAUAUGGGCCCUCCAACACAGGGGACAAGUCCAGAACUUGAUCCAGGGAACAGUGCCAAUGGAAACAGGGAUCCGACGGGCGUGAGUCCCACUGCCGGAGCGGUCGGCGCUUCACAAGGGCCCAAGGUGGUCCAGACGGCUUUCAUACACAAGCUCUACAGCAUGUUGGAGGAUAAGACCAUACAGCACCUAAUAUCGUGGAGCAACACGAAUGAAAGUUUCGUCAUGUCCCCUUCGAAUGAGUUCUCAAAAGUAUUGGCACAAUAUUUCAAGCAUACAAACAUAUCCUCCUUUGUUCGCCAGCUGAACAUGUAUGGCUUUCACAAAGUCAGCGACGUAUUUCACACGGGUUCGCCGGAAUCUGCACUAUGGGAGUUCAAGCAUGGGAAUGGUAAUUUUAAGAAGGGAGAUCUGAUGGGCUUGAGAGAGAUCAAAAGACGAGCCUCGAGACAUACUCUGAUCCAUCGAGAUUCAUUCUCCAACGCGAAGCCGGGCGUCUCGCAACCAGGAACACCCGCUGAGAUCAUGCCAGAUGCUGAUCAACGUCUCGCAGGCCUUGAGCAGGCCUUCUACGACAUGCAUUCGAGAUUACAGAGGACCGAGGAGAGCAACGCUCUAAUGAGCUCUAGGUGUCAAGCAUUAACAGAAGGAAUGGUCCGCGUCCACCAAUGGACGCAGAAUCUCACCAGCGCAGUCCAGACCUUGUCGUCACCCGAAUCGGCGUUAUACACUGACAUCACCAAUAUGCAGAAAGAAAUAGCGCGCCAACUUGAAUUCGUGCGCGCUCUCGAAACCCCUUCGGAGUCGCUACAAACUGGCAGGCAGUCAUACUAUCCUAGUGGUGGGGCGUUGGAGCCGCCUGUGUCUCCGCGAGGAUACAACUAUCCUGACAGCCGCAGGUCAUCGGUUCAGAUUGAACCACAGCAUGUCGGCUUGCGACCUCCAGUGCCUCCGUUGCCUCAGUUUUCAUCGUCUCCACGACGUUUUGGCUCGGCCAGUAUCCCACAUCCAUCUCCAGGGUUCAGUCGACCUGCUCUGCCUACACAACCACCGCCGAGCGUGCAUCCUUUGGCAUCUGUGUCCACACCACCGCCUAUAAAUCUGACCCGCCGGCACACGUCAGCUGAUAUCCGAGAGCAUGGUUGGGCUCCGACCCAUGACCAUGCAAAUGGGUCUCCGUAUGCGUCGGGCCACUCGUCUGUGCACUGGCAGCCGUCAUCUCCGCAACAAGCCCCACUGGUAGGAGAUCGGCUGCUUCAGGAUCAACUGGCCCGAUACGAGAUUAACGGCCCCAAGCGGCAUGCAACGACCGCAAACCAGCCGACGCCGCCAUUGACAUCCUCGUCCGAGGCGGCUCCUGCAGGCCUGGGGGUCGAAAAUGUGCCGUGGACGCCCGGAGUGGGAGUCAACAAAUUCCCUCGGCCCAACUUUGAGUUACACUCUGCUCCUGCUACACGCCGGGGUAGUAUGGCGACGCUACACUCUUUACUCAACCCCGCGGAGACGGCAGAACGAGAUAACGAGGACGAGGGCAACGAUGAUCGAAAGCGGAAACGAAUGGUAUGAUUCAAUCUUUUCAUCUUAUUCUCUUGCUCAAACUAUUUGCUGGGCACUGUCUUGUCCACUGUAAAUAUGGGGAGGCGCUGGAAUGAAUUUUCAUUUUCACAUGGAGGCUUUUUGCGGAACAGUUUUUCAGCGUCAAUUUCCAAGCCACGUCAUGAUUGGGCGCAAGGCCGCCAGCAUUGGCACAAGAUCAGAAAAGAUGUAAUGAUUACACUAUGAAACCCUUUGUAAGGAGAUGGCAUGAUUUUUGGUUGGAGGAUCUUACGAGACGAAGAGGGCAUGGGCGGACUUAAUACUCAUGUACAUGUGUAUAAAGGUGAUGAUGAUGAUGGGUUUGUACUGCUGGUUAGAGGUGAAGGGCAGGCGAAAAAUGCAAAAUGCAAAUGCAAAUGUUCAUG